AGUCCCACCCUCUGUGUCAACAGGGCUGGCCUCAUAAAGCCGCAGGGGCCGCCCGGACCACAUUUCCUCCUCAGCCCAGCCAGGCAGCAGAGCCCCACCAUGACGGAGCUGGAGACGGCCAUGGGCCUGGUCAUCAACGUCUUCGCCCGCUAUGCGGCCGGGGAGGGCAGCAAGCAGAGCCUGACCAAGAGCGAGCUGAAGGUGCUGAUGGAGAAGGAGCUUCCGGGCUUCCUGCAGAGUGCAAAGGACAAGGACACUGUGGACAAGCUGCUCAAGGACCUGGACGCCAACGGAGACGCUGAGGUGGACUUCAACGAGUUCAUCGUGUUUGUGGCUGCACUCACGUCUGCCUGUCACAGCUACUUCGUGAAGGCAGGGCCUGUGUGAGGCCAGGGCUCAGACCCCUGGCCCGGCGCCCUGCUGCUGAUUCUGUGACGUCCCCUGAUGAAUAAACACCUGUGGAAUGA